CGAUUCAACCAAUGCCGAAGUAGAAGGCACCACUCCUUCCGAAUCCAAAAUAGUUAAGCGGCUGGAAAGCAUUAUUAUUGAGGCCACCGGAAGAGUAAUUAUUACUUCCUUUGCUUCGAAUGUCUACCGGCUCAAAAAAGUGAUUGAAAUUGCCAAAAGAACGGACAAAAAAAUCGUUUUACUGG